UUCCUCUGUUUCGCAUUGUCCGUUUCAUCCCGUGCGAUUAAGUUUCGCUAUAAAUUGGAGUCCUGGCCAGGGUAAGGUAUCAUUGAUCACAGUGACUUCAGCAGCAACGCACCAACCAACCACUACCGACCAGCAUAAUGGCAUUCAAGUUUGUCGUCUUCCUCGCUUCCUUGGCCGUUGCCAGCGCUGGAUACCUGGAAGCCCCAGCAGUGUCGUACGCCGCUCCAGUUGCUCACUACUCGCCAGCCUCCUCGGUGAGCUACAGCAGCCUGUCGCAUGCCACUCCCCUGGCUUACGCCACUCCAGUGGCCAAGACUGUUGCCUACUCCAGCCCAGCCGUCGGAGCUACCCACGAGAGCACCAUCCGUGGACAUGAUGCCACCAUCUCGCACCAGUCCAAGGCCAUCGACACCGCUUUCUCCAGCGUCCGCAAGUCUGACACCCGCAUCACCAACGAAGCCCCUAAGCUGGCCUACACUUCCUACGCCGCCCCAGCUGUCCACACCUCCUAUGCUGCCCCAGCUGUUGCCACCUAUGCUCAUGCUGCUCCAGCUAUCCAGACCUACGCCCAUGCUCCAGUCGCCGUCGCUAAGCAGGUGAGCUACAGCGCCCCAGCCUACCAGACCUACGCUCAUGCUGCCCCAGCUGUGGCCACCUAUGCCCAUGCUCCAGUUGUCGCCGCCCACGCCACCAAGACCCUGACCUACUCCCCAGCUGUUGAGGUCGCCCAUGUCAGCUACGACGGAACUCAUGCCCAUUAUGGCUGGUAAAUUGCACUGCCUACGGACCACCAAUGAUACAAUGAUCAAUCGUCGUUGUGUCUAUAUUUAUUAAAAUCCACCGUUGUUGUUAUGUUUUGACAGCACGCUCCGGACGUCAUCUUGGAGUGUGUUUUUAAUAAAUUAGAUGCAAACAA